AUUCUAAUUCUGAAAUAGAUAACUAAGAUAAUAAGUACUCACAUACUGCCUUUAUUAAUUAAUAUUAUUUUGUCUGUAUGUCAACAGACUUAAAAUAGAAAUUAGAUUCUAAAGGUGACAGAACAAUCGCUAAAAUGUUACUACGAAAAAAUGUACACCGGCUAUUAGCAACGACAUUUAACAAUAGAGCUAUUCUUUCUGUUCGUACAUUAUGCACUAAUAAAGAAGAAAAUGUUAAAGAUAAAUACGAUAUAAUUAUUGCCGGUGGUGGAAUGGUAGGAUGUACUUUGGCCUGUGCUUUGGGUAAGAACUCAUUAAUGUCGCAUUUGAAAAUACUAUUAUUAGAAGGCAGUCCCAAUCAAAAUUAUCAGUUGAAACCAGAAUACAGCAACAGAGUGGUAGCCUUGAACCAGAAUACCAAAUCUUUAAUGAGUUCUCUUAAAAUAUGGAGGCAUGUUGAAAAAGCUAGACUGCAACCCAUCAGAUAUAUGCAAGUUUGGGAUGCUUGCUCUGAUGCACUCAUAUUGUUUAAUAGUUCUGACAUUCUAGAUGAUGAUAUAGCUUAUGUUGUUGAAAAUGAUCUCUUACUGCAUGCAGUGAACACUGAACUGACAUCUUCCAAAAUAAGAAAUGUACAAAUUGUAUAUGGUGCUAAAAUAUCGGACUAUCGAUUAUCUAAAGAUGAUGGCAAAAUUGCCACACAUAACAUAGUGAAGAUGACCAAUGGGGAUGUUUAUGCUUGUGAUCUACUGAUAGGAGCUGAUGGAGCGAACUCAGCGGUGCGCAAAGCCAUGGGUGUGCAGUACCUGUCUUGGAACUAUGAUCAAAUGGGCAUAGUCGCUACACUGCAUCUUGCCGAGGAAUCGGAGAACGUAACAGCAUGGCAACGAUGGUUACCAACAGGCCCGAUAGCUUUAUUACCGCUGGAUAACAGCCGUAGUUCGCUGGUGUGGUCUAUGUGGCAGGACGAUGCCAAACGUCUACUCAAAUUAACAGAGGAAGAAUUCGUAGAUGCUAUCAAUGAUGCGCUGUGGAAGCAGUACCCGCGCAGUAAAGGCGUGGAAGCGUGCAUGUCUUGGAUGAGCUCGUGGUUGAAGCGGGCUGGCCUGCCGGACGGCGCGUCCCGGCAGCUGCCGCCGUCCGUCCGGUCUAUAGCGGUAGGAUCCCGCGCGGCGUUCCCACUCGGCUUCGGGCACAGCGUCAGAUAUAUCGCUCCAGGCGUUGCUUUAGUUGGUGACGCAGCGCACCGUGUUCACCCACUAGCGGGACAGGGUGUGAACCUCGGCUUUGGCGAUGUUAAAGAUCUCACAGAAUUUCUCUCAGAUGCCAUAUACACAGGAUACGAAAUCACACACCAUAGCUGGUUAGAGAAAUAUGAAAGCUCUCGGCAGCGGCACAACGUGCCUACUCAGAUAGCAGUGGACGCUCUCCACCGACUGUACACCAUCGACCUGCCUCCUGUCGUGCUAGCGAGGAGUCUGGGCUUGCAGCUGACCAAUGCCCUGUACCCGAUCAAGAAAUUGAUUAUGUCACACGCCACAACAUAGCUGUUGGAAAAUAUACACAAAACGGACCGUGUUCAAAAGAAGUGAUGGACGUCACGAGAAGCGAACGUUGUUAGUUUUAUUUAUAGAUUGAGUAUUGAUAAUGUGAUUUUUAUAUUGUAUAAGGAUUGUGAUGUGCAAUAAAUAUAUUUAACUGUAA